AUGCGCAACACAUUGUUCGUUGCCCUGCUCGGUAAGUCUUUCUCACAUAAACCGCUCUAUGCUAUCAGUGGUAGCUGGCAGUUGGAUCAGAUAUUCGUUGUCAUAGCGAAGAACGUCAAUGGUGACCUCACCAAGGCUUAUUCCAAGGACAAGUUGGACCAGUUUGAUGGUGUCUACGAGGAUGGUGACUGCUACUUCUUCGUCAAGGCCCAGUCCUUCAAGAAUCUACUUAAUGGCAAGUGGCAGACUGUCAAAGGCCUGGAUAGCUUGAAGGACUAUGGCCUGAAACCCAUCGAGAUGGCGAGGGGCGCUGAGUGGUAUCGGAAGAUGAAGGGUUGGAAGGUCACUGCUAAGCCGGCCGACGCCAAUGACCUUCUGAAGCACUUGCAAGACCAGAAGAAGUCUGCGGGUAAGCUUUGGGCAAGCCUGCCUUUUAUUGACUAUGAGGAUGUCCCAUCCACCAGCAAGAUUUACCAUGAAGGUUAUGGGGCCUCGAGCGACCACUCGCACUUCAUUUCGACUCUGGCGAAUUACAUUCCCACUCUUGAAAACUGGCCAUACGGCAACGAUCUUUCUAUUAAAUAG